AUGAAACAAACAAUUGCAAAGUCAUCAUUAAGGAGACUAUGUCCAAACAUAGAUAAAGAAGAUGGAUUGGAAACUGUUCUUGAAAUACCUAUACCUGAAGAAAUGUUUUCAAACAUGGGAAGUACUGUAACAUUAAGGUGGCAGAAUAUGUUAACAUGGAUGAAGGCUCAAACUGAGGAUAGAUUGUCUUCUCCUACAGUUUGUGCACGGUUAAAUGAGCUUCGUUUUUUGCUUUACCUUGUUGGUUCUCCUCUUAUACCUCUUCAAGUUCAAUUAGGACAUUCCAUUCAUCGUCCCGUCAGAGAUUGUUCAAUUGAAGCAUCAACAGCCAAAUAUAUAGUGCAACAAUACAUAGCAGCAACAGGAGGACAACCAGCAUUAAAUGUUGUGGAAAGUAUGUGUGUAAUGGGGCAAAUUAAAAUUACUGCAUCAGAUUUUCAUCAUACCAGUGAAACCGGUGAUGUGAAAAAAACCUCAGAAGAAAAUGGAGGAUUUGUUUUAUGGCAAAAGGAUCCAGAUUUGUGGUGUUUAGAGCUUGUUGUGUCAGGUUGCAAAGUUUGUUGCGGUAGCAAUGGUAAGGUUUCGUGGCGCCAUUCUUCUAAUCAACAAACACCUGUUUCAAAAGGUGCUCCUAGGCCUCUUCGUCGCUUCCUUCAGGGAUUGGACCCAAGGGCUACGGCUAAUUUAUUUUUAGACGCUGCAUGUAUAGGAGAGAAAAUAAUCAACGAAGAAGAAUGUUUUAUUCUAAAACUAGAAACAAGUCCAGCCAUUCGUGAGGCUCAAAGUGGACCAAAUUUUGAAGUCAUUCAUCAUACAAUAUGGGGCUAUUUUAGCCAACGAUCAGGUCUUUUAGUUCAAUUUGAAGAUUCUAGAUUACUAACAAUGAGAACCAAAGAUGAUACUGACAUUUUCUGGGAAACAAGUUUAGAAUCAGUAAUUGAUGAUUAUAGAUAUGUAGAUGGAAUAAAUGUUUCGCAUAGUGGCAUAACUCGUGUUACAGUUUCUAGAUAUGGAGAACAAUCAGCAAAUCACAAAAGAGAAUUGGAAGAAAGGUGGAAGAUUGAAGAGGUAGAUUUUAAUAUUUGGGGUUUGACUGCUGAAAGCUUUUUGCCUCCAUCAAACUUAGGAAAGACAUGA